AUGGAGGCCGGCCAGGAAGCUGAACUGCGGGAAGCACUGGCCGCGGCGCGCGCCUGCGGUGUGGAAGAGGCCAGUUUGGCAGCUGCUGAAGCGCAACUCUGUACGCUUGCGGCUGAGUGCGAGCUUUCUGCCGCCACAGAGCUCCUGAUAUCCCUGGAGGAGGCCGAAGCAGUGGACGAGGAGAGCGAAGUUGCCUUUGCGGCCGCCGUGCGAGAAGCUACGUCGGCUGGAGUCCGCCCUUCGAUGAUUGCUGAG